AUGACCAUGAGCUACUACUCUUCGGACUCGGAGCUGGCGCUGAUGGCGCCAGUUGAUGACAGCAUGGAACACUUGUUCCCCGCCAGCUCAUGUCAAUCUCCUCCGAGCAUCCUAUACUCUCCACCUCUACACCACAUGGCACAACCACCGCCGACUACCUUACCUAGCAACGGAGCCAUCUUUGCAUACCCACACGACUAUCGACAAAUCAUGGACUCCCCAUACCCAUCGCACACUCCAUGGUCCGGCCACUCUUCUCCCAUGGCUCUUCCUCAGAUCCCUGCAUACUCGUACCCUACCUACACCACAAGUAUGACCACAGCAACAACUCUCGCACCUGAUUCUGGUUUCAUGCCUCAAUACUAUGGUGGAUCGCGGCCGUCGAGAUCACACUCCGCUUCGUCCUCGAUAGGCUUGGGCCUCUCAUCCAACGCUCCUUCAGAAAGAUCACCGCCCUCUCUGUCCCGCUCGCUGUCACCAACCUCACCCGACCUCCGAGCAUAUGGUUUUCCGAACAAGAAUGGGACGUGGAGUUGCUCUUACCCUGGGUGCACUUCGAGAGCUGUCUUUACUCGCGGAUGCGACUUGAGGAAGCACCACAAACGUCACACCAAGUCUUUCUUUUGCCGUCACGCUGAUUGCCCACAAGCAACAGGUGGAGGCUUCUCCAGCAAGAAGGAUCUCGCGCGACACGAGGCAAAACACAACCCUGGAGUGCUUUGCGACUGGGACGGCUGUGACAGGGUAUUCAGCCGUGUAGACAACAUGUGUGCUAGUAGCAUGCAUACCUUUCUACCGUCGCAUCCUUCAGCGCAGCUCGAGUUCAUCCGCGACCCAGCACUAGGCACGACCAUUACCGUCUGCUUGGCUGACAUUAUCGACAAAGAAAAGAUCCCCCGGGCAUCCUAUUCAAACGACUUUUACGCAUUGUAG